AUGCUUUUAAUUGCAGUUAAAAAGGAGCCAAGCGCAGAAGAAGUAAUUCAAGCUUUGAAUCAGCAAAUCAGUGAAUAUAAAAAAUACCUUGCAAGAAAUAGUCGCAACACUUAUCUUGGUAAGAAAGCUUCAUAUUCUCUGCAGAUUUUGGCCAAAGAACUGUUUGAUAUUCAGGAAAUGAAGCGGGCAAUAUCACAACCAUUAAUUCCUUGCAGCAUAUCAAUUGACAUCAUCAGCAAUGGUACAACUCAUCUAAAACCAUGCAUUGCUAUUCACACAAAUUAUAAAGACUAUUUGUUCAAUUGCCCGGAAGGUACAUCACGAUUUUUAGCAGCAAAUCGCUUGAAACCUAGCAACCUUGCAGAUUUGUUUUUUACAAGAGGUAGCGCAAUCUUUUCAUUCAUCAGUUUCGAUACCUGGAAUCACUUUGCUGGAGUACCUGGGCUGCUUAAAACUCCGAUAUCAGUUCCACUCAAAACGAAUCGCGUCAUCAGAUUACAUGGAUCUCACAACAAAGCAAAAUACUUAGAAUGCCAAAAUGAACAUGCUGAUGCAGAUGUUCCUUUAACUGUCGCAGCUAAAUUGGACAUAGCUUUCUUAGUAGAGCUCAAGCCACCACUAAGAUCACUGGAUAUUGAAAAAAUCAAAAAACUGAAAAUACCUGGUGGUCCUCAUAUGAAGCAGUUGAAAGAUGGAAUAAAUAUAACGUUGUCGGAUGGGCGUUUCAUCAUGGCAGAAGAUGUGCUCAGUGAAAAAAAAAUUGAGCCUCAGCAUGCAUGUCUUGUUGUUGAAUGCAGUGAGGUGGAUAAACUACCGUCAUUACGUAAUAGCACUUUGCUUCAGGAUUAUAUCGAUGGACAGAAAAUCAUGCGAUAUAUUGUUCAUUUUACGGAAGAUCCAGUGCUGCUUACCGAUGAAUACAAAGAAUGGAUGGCGUCAUUUGGUGAAACUGUUGAACAUAUAAUUGUUAAUGGUAGUGGCCCAUGUCUGCCUCAUAUGGAUUCUAUUUAUCGCAUUAAUGCUAUAUUAAACUAUGUAUCUCCGAAAUUGUUUCCCUUGAUACAUCCGCAAGGGUUCAAUGGAACUGUUAUGCAGGAUGAUGAGUGUGAAAGGAAAAACAACUAUCUGUAUGCUAGACCAUUUCAGCGUUUUUAUUUACGAAAGCCUUCUACUUUAGAUCCGGUGCCACCUCAUAUAUCUUUGAAUCUAACUGAUUCACUUCUUAGACUCAAAGAAGAUUCACAAAUCUCUGAAGCAAUCAAUCUUUUCGUUCACCAAUCAAAUAUGGUACGGGAAGUUGAUACUUUACCUCGUAUUUGUUUUCUGGGUACAUCAUCUGCUGUGCCCACCAGUUUUCGAAACGUUAGCGCUUAUUUUCUUCAAUUUAGUGACGAUUCAUCUAUAAUGGUUGAUUGUGGAGAAGGGUCAUAUGGUCAACUACGCAUCUUAUUUGGUGAUAGAGUUUGUGAAGAACUCUUGCUAAAAUUAAGCGUGGUGUUCAUUACCCAUGGCCAUCAGGAUCAUUUUCAGGGAUUGUUCACAAUUAUGGAGUCUCGGAAGUUACUGUUUAAAAAGAAAGGUAUGGAUUACAUACCAUUAGUUGUUGUUGCUGGUAGUUAUGUCCUAAAAAUAUUUCGUGAAAUUAGUCAUACAUUUGGGAAUUACGCACGAGACAUGCAUAUUGUCAAUAUUUCAAAGUUGAUAUGGGAACAGUCUCAGAAGCAAGAUAAUCCAGUGGAAGCGGUAGAUUUAACACAGGAAUUAAAUUCACAAAUCACAAGUGUGGAGCAUUGUGGAUUAAAAAGUGUCAUUGCUGUUAAGGUGAAUCAUUCAAAAAAUCCCGUCGGUUAUAUAUUUACUGAUCUCCAAAAUCGAAAAUUUGUUUUCUCUGGUGAUACGAUGCCUUGCGAUAAUCUUGUGAAAUAUGGUCAAGAUGCAUUAGUUCUUGUGCAUGAGUCAACGUUUGCAGACGAUGAAGAGGCUCACGCAUUAUAUAAAAGACAUAGCACUAUGAAGCAGGCCUAUAACAUUGCAACGAGGAUGGGUGCAAGAAAUCUUAUCUUGACACAUUUUAGUGCAAAAUAUCCUAAGGUGCCUCCAUUGCCGGAUUACAUUGAACAAGCCGGAAAUGUUACAAUUGCUAUGGACAAUAUGAUCGUAACACCAAGUGAUCUGGAAAUUUCUGCAAAAUUGAUUCCUGUUCUACGUGCCGUUUUCUCGAAAGAAAUGACUGUAAUAAACGAACGAUCCCUGAAAAGGCAUAUUCAAGAGGAAUUCCUCUCGAAAACUUCUGUUGAUACUUUUGAAGACACAGUGAACAAAAGCAAAAAAGUACUUUCCGAAAAAUAUGUCCCAUUUAUAGUGAAAAGAAUCAUGCAGAACGGUGAUGUGAAGAGGCCAAAUAGAGUAGUAAGGUACAAACCAGUAGAUCCACAUUCUUCACUUGCUCUUACAGAUGAUCCGCUGCCAGAUUACAUGAAUGUACUCGGAAUGGUUUUCAGUAUGUGUGGAUUGAUGAUGAGAAAAUAUUAUUUCAUACCGAAAACUAGACUUUCGCUUAUUGCCAUACCUUAUUUUAUCGCAUUAGAAGCAUUUGACUGCUUCAUUAGUAUUAGUGCACUUUUGAAGAUGAAGUGGUGUGCGUGGGUUGCGCUUCUUUGUUCUUGUGUCAGUUUUGCAAACACGCGAACGAAUGAUGAUACAAAACAAAUUGUCAGCAGUUUCAUGCUCUCAAUUUCUGCUGUUGUAAUGAGUUAUCUCCAAAAUCCAUUGCCAAUUGUACCACCAUGGGCAAGUUUAUUCUAG